AUGAAUUUUGAGCAAUACUAUAACGAGUAUUCAGUUUCAUCAUCUUCGCAGUCAUCCUCAAGUACAGACCAAAAUUGUAGCUCAGAAUCAAAUGAGACUUCAUCAUCUUCAUCGUCUACACGGCAAUUAGUAUCAUCCCAUAAGAAAACAUCCGGAAGAAAGAAGUUUAAAGAAACUAGACAUCCAAUUUACAGAGGAGUAAGAGCAAGGAAAAAUGAUAAAUGGGUUUGUGAAGUUAGAGAACCAAACAGUAAAUCAAGAAUUUGGCUUGGAACUCAUUCUAGUGCAGAAAUUGCAGCCAGAGCUUAUGAUGUUGCUGCAAUAGCUCUACGAGGAAAAUCAGCUCCGUUAAAUUUUGAAGAUUCAUUGUGGUUGUUACCUCGCCCUAAGUCAUCAUCUGCUAAAGACAUUCAAAUCGCUGCUGCUGAAGUCGUUCGUGCAUUUCCAUUCCCUAGUUGUACUAAACCUUCUUCAAUUAGAAAGAAAUCAUUUAAGUCAGUUACAUCUAAAUCACCGGAAGAGACGGUUGAAGUAGCCGAAAAAGUUUUGGCAACGUUUUUCGAUGAAGAAGCGUUGUAUAAUAUGCCAGCACUAAUUGCCAGCAUGGCAGAAGGGAUGCUACUUGAUCCACCUGUAGAGGGUUACUAUUACGACGACGAAGUGGAGAGCAACGUGGACAGCAGUUUAUGGAGUGAUUAUUAA